UUUCAGUACCAAAAGCGGUAACCCGAGCUACAUUCGGGCUUACCAUGCAGCGUUGCACAGGGCGUCCCUGCAGCGCUUACCUUGUCCUUCACUCCCGCAAUGCGUCCCCUGCAGCGUCCCCGGCCAUCUCCUCCAGCCGAUGCCGGCAUCCGGCUUCCGUGUUCCUGUCCCUGUGACGUCGGGACGUACGGGCGGCAAAUUUGAAAUUUUUUAAAAAAUGUUUUUUAAAAAAUGAUUAUUUUGUCCCGACUGCUUUGUCCUGUCCCCUGCCUGCAUUUUGACUGUUCUUUCUG